AUGGAAAGAGGAAAAAUGUCAUCUACAGGCCGCGGAGGUAAAAGUAAAGCCCCACAGCAUCCCCAGGAUAUUUUCGCGCUCGGUAGCAAAUCAACUGUGGUUGUUUCAAGAGACUCCGAAAAGAGAAAUAUACAUAAGCCUUCUUCAAGUGGUGUGGAACGUAAACGUGAAACAUCAGGUUUUGGCAGCCAGCCACCAAGCAAGAGGUCCAGAAUUGGUUCGCCUGCUGAAACAGUUGGUGGUACUUCACUGGAUGUGGAGCCAAUUGACUUAGUACCAAAUGUUCUUCAAGCACUGGAUACUCAUAACUCUGAUAAGCUAUUGGGCCUUUUAACCGGUUCAAUCCGUUUACUAAAAUCUCAACGUUCAAAACCAGACAUCAUCCUUUGUAUGAGCAUGCUGUAUCUGACAAAGAUUAGACCGAACAUGUUUGCACAUGAGACUGUUACGCAGAGUCUCUGCACUUUGCUGAAGAGAGAGCAGGGAGCAGCGUUUAAAAACAAGGGCAAUCCUCUUGUUUUUGUGCUAGCGUGUAACAUGUUGUACGCUGGUCAUAAAGACAGCACUAAUUGGCCCGACACCUUCAUUAAGGUGUACAUAGAAGAUGCUCUUAAUGAGCGUUGGUGGGUGGAUUGCUCAUGGUGCAAGUGCUUAGUUGAGAACAUUGUUACAGCUUUUGGCACUAAGCAGCCACCAUCACAUUUAAUACCUACUGAUAAUACACUGGGUACAAUGUCACCAUCAGGGUCUGGAUCACCUCUCUUGGGCAGCACUGAUGAAGUUAAUGACAACACUGAACUCGAGUACUCCGUGUUUCCAAGAUACACCAGCAGCUACGAGACUGUGGAAGCACUUGUAUUAGAAGCGAUAAAGGAGCAGAUUCAACGACGGACUGCGCCGGACACCAUUGGAAAAGGCUUUCUAAAGUUACUCUCAGCUACUUGCGGCUUCCCAGAGAUCCGCAUGAUCGCGGCGUCGCGGCUGGAGGCGUGGCUGCACUCGGGCAAGCUGUGGCGCGCGGCGCAGGAGCUGCUGGCGCACGUGUGCGCCAACGCGGCCGCCGCCGGGCCCAGCGCCGCGCGCGACCACGAGGUGCUGGCGCAGCUCGCGCGCAUGCGCCUCAAGACCAAGCCGCUGCAGACCGCCUACCAGGCCUGCCUCAGGGAGAUGGUGUCGGAGAGCCCGGCGCUGCUGCGCAGCGUGGUGACGCACACGAUCUACAACGAGCUGUCGAACGCGCGCUCGCCCAACAACAUGGCCGUGCUGGCCGCGCUCAUACACGCGCAGCCGCAGCUCGUGCCCGCCGCCAUCGCCGAGACCUACCAAGAGCUCCUGUUCCGCGCGGAGGACUAUCUGCGUCCGAUGCGCGCCAUGCUGCGCGAGUGCGUGCGAGCUGCGCGCGCCGAGACGCAGGCGCUGCUGCCGCUGGCCGCCGCGCUCGCCGCGCCCCCGCCGCACGACCCGCCGCCGGAGGUGCGUGAACGCGCGUUCCAGGCGCUGGCGGACCUGUUUUGCUGCUGCUGUCUGGUGACUGCGGCGCUGGGCCGGCAGCAGGCGCCCACCGAGUUGCGCUCGCAGCUGUGCUCGCUGCAGCAGCACGCGCUCGCCUGGCUGCUGGACACCGCCGCAUCCGUCUACCGGCCCGCGCGCCACGACUACCAGCUCGCGCUCAACAAGAUAAUGUUCGUGGAGCCGGCGGAGACGUACAGCAAGCCGGACAACUGGCCUCCGGAAUCUGAACGUGCGCUCACAUAUCGCCUGUGCUGCGAGACGCCAUUGCCGCAGAACACACUUCUGCGACUCAUAUUCAUAGGACUUUCCAAAGACAUUCCAGUAUCGCCGGCGGAGGUUUUCGAGCUGAUAGAACAGUUAGUGCGGCGCGCUUGUGCGCUUCCUGCUGAGGACAUGCCGCUUCAGGUCGACAAGCUCGAGAUCGCGGACUAUAUCUUCCAACUGUGCCAGUUUCACCCGCCUGACAACAUUACACUCCCCGCUGGGUACAGCGCGCCGGCGCUGGCCAUCACGGGGCUGUACUGGCGCGGCUGGCUGCUGCUGGCCAUGCUGGCGGCGCACAACCCGCACGGCUUCGCCGAGCGCGCCGCCGCCACCUACCCCACGCUGCGCGCGCUCAUCGAGAUGUGCAUCACCGGCAAACCGAGCAUCGAGUGGAACAAUAAUUCAGCUGCCGAAGCAGAACGCGCGGAAGCUGAACGUGCGUCCAUUCUGCAGCUGGAGACGCACUUAGCUACCGCCAGCAAUGCUAAAUUGCCUAUUACCGAACACAGCUCGCGGUUGCUGAGCCAGCUGACAGUGCUGGAGCCCUUAGGUCCGGCACGGCGACCACCAAGUGGAGUGGCGGACGCCUUGGUAGCGUUGAGUUCUCAGCUAAAGCUGGGACGGCUCCUGUGCCGGCAGCCUGCCCUGCUCCUGCAGUUAGUUGAGCGUCACGGGACCCGGCGCGCUAUGCCCUGGUUGCAUCAGCUGCUGCGACACGAUCAGCUCGAGCUUAGCGUGCUGCCAGUGCAGUGUCUGUGCGAGUUCCUGUCUGCGGGCGGCGCGGGUGGCGCCGGUGGUGGUGCCGGCAGCUCCGGCGGCGGCGAGGCGGGCAAGGCGAGCGAGCUGUGCGCGCACCUGCGCCGCACGCUGGCCAGCGAGGAGGGCGCGCGCGCCGUGCUGCACUACUACAUGCAGCGCCUCGCGCACGCACACGCGCCCACGCGGGCCGCCGCCAGCAGGGUGGGUCACAGAGUCACUGCGUGCUGCACUACUGCAUGCAGCGCCGCACUCUGGCCAGCGAGGAGGGCGCGCGCGCCGUGCUGCACUACUACAUGCAGCGCCUCGCGCACGCACACGCGCCCACGCGGGCCGCCGCCAGCAGGGUGGGUCACAGAGUCACUGCGUGCUGCACUACUGCAUGCAGCGCCGCACGCUGGCCAGCGAGGAGGGCGCGCGCGCCGUGCUGCACUACUACAUGCAGCGCCUCGCGCACGCACACGCGCCCACGCGGGCCGCCGCCAGCAGGGUGGGUCACAGAGUCACUGCGUGCUGCACUACUGCAUGCAGCGCCGCACGCUGGCCAGCGAGGAGGGCGCGCGCGCCGUGCUGCACUACUACAUGCAGCGCCUCGCGCACGCACACGCGCCCACGCGGGCCGCCGCCAGCAGGGUGGGUCACAGAGUCACUGCGUGCUGCACUACUGCAUGCAGCGCCGCACGCUGGCCAGCGAGGAGGGCGCGCGCGCCGUGCUGCACUACUACAUGCAGCGCCUCGCGCACGCACACGCGCCCACGCGGGCCGCCGCCAGCAGGGUGGGUCACAGAGUCACUGCGUGCUGCACUACUGCAUGCAGCGCCGCACUCUGGCCAGCGAGGAGGGCGCGCGCGCCGUGCUGCACUACUACAUGCAGCGCCUCGCGCACGCACACGCGCCCACGCGGGCCGCCGCCAGCAGGGUGGGUCACAGAGUCACUGCGUGCUGCACUACUGCAUGCAGCGCCGCACGCUGGCCAGCGAGGAGGGCGCGCGCGCCGUGCUGCACUACUACAUGCAGCGCCUCGCGCACGCACACGCGCCCACGCGGGCCGCCGCCAGCAGGGUGGGUCACAGAGUCACUGCGUGCUGCACUACUGCAUGCAGCGCCGCACGCUGGCCAGCGAGGAGGGCGCGCGCGCCGUGCUGCACUACUACAUGCAGCGCCUCGCGCACGCACACGCGCCCACGCGGGCCGCCGCCAGCAGGGUGGGUCACAGAGUCACUGCGUGCUGCACUACUGCAUGCAGCGCCGCACGCUGGCCAGCGAGGAGGGCGCGCGCGCCGUGCUGCACUACUACAUGCAGCGCCUCGCGCACGCACACGCGCCCACGCGGGCCGCCGCCAGCAGGGUGGGUCACAGAGUCACUGCGUGCUGCACUACUGCAUGCAGCGCCGCACUCUGGCCAGCGAGGAGGGCGCGCGCGCCGUGCUGCACUACUACAUGCAGCGCCUCGCGCACGCACACGCGCCCACGCGGGCCGCCGCCAGCAGGGUGGGUCACAGAGUCACUGCGUGCUGCACUACUGCAUGCAGCGCCGCACGCUGGCCAGCGAGGAGGGCGCGCGCGCCGUGCUGCACUACUACAUGCAGCGCCUCGCGCACGCACACGCGCCCACGCGGGCCGCCGCCAGCAGGGUGGGUCACAGAGUCACUGCGUGCUGCACUACUGCAUGCAGCGCCGCACGCUGGCCAGCGAGGAGGGCGCGCGCGCCGUGCUGCACUACUACAUGCAGCGCCUCGCGCACGCACACGCGCCCACGCGGGCCGCCGCCAGCAGGGUGGGUCACAGAGUCACUGCGUGCUGCACUACUGCAUGCAGCGCCGCACUCUGGCCAGCGAGGAGGGCGCGCGCGCCGUGCUGCACUACUACAUGCAGCGCCUCGCGCACGCACACGCGCCCACGCGGGCCGCCGCCAGCAGGGUGGGUCACAGAGUCACUGCGUGCUGCACUACUGCAUGCAGCGCCGCACGCUGGCCAGCGAGGAGGGCGCGCGCGCCGUGCUGCACUACUACAUGCAGCGCCUCGCGCACGCACACGCGCCCACGCGGGCCGCCGCCAGCAGGGUGGGUCACAGAGUCACUGCGUGCUGCACUACUGCAUGCAGCGCCGCACGCUGGCCAGCGAGGAGGGCGCGCGCGCCGUGCUGCACUACUACAUGCAGCGCCUCGCGCACGCACACGCGCCCACGCGGGCCGCCGCCAGCAGGGUGGGUCACAGAGUCACUGCGUGCUGCACUACUGCAUGCAGCGCCGCACGCUGGCCAGCGAGGAGGGCGCGCGCGCCGUGCUGCACUACUACAUGCAGCGCCUCGCGCACGCACACGCGCCCACGCGGGCCGCCGCCAGCAGGGUGGGUCACAGAGUCACUGCGUGCUGCACUACUGCAUGCAGCGCCGCACUCUGGCCAGCGAGGAGGGCGCGCGCGCCGUGCUGCACUACUACAUGCAGCGCCUCGCGCACGCACACGCGCCCACGCGGGCCGCCGCCAGCAGGGUGGGUCACAGAGUCACUGCGUGCUGCACUACUGCAUGCAGCGCCGCACGCUGGCCAGCGAGGAGGGCGCGCGCGCCGUGCUGCACUACUACAUGCAGCGCCUCGCGCACGCACACGCGCCCACGCGGGCCGCCGCCAGCAGGGUGGGUCACAGAGUCACUGCGUGCUGCACUACUGCAUGCAGCGCCGCACGCUGGCCAGCGAGGAGGGCGCGCGCGCCGUGCUGCACUACUACAUGCAGCGCCUCGCGCACGCACACGCGCCCACGCGGGCCGCCGCCAGCAGGGUGGGUCACAGAGUCACUGCGUGCUGCACUACUGCAUGCAGCGCCGCACGCUGGCCAGCGAGGAGGGCGCGCGCGCCGUGCUGCACUACUACAUGCAGCGCCUCGCGCACGCACACGCGCCCACGCGGGCCGCCGCCAGCAGGGUGGGUCACAGAGUCACUGCGUGCUGCACUACUGCAUGCAGCGCCGCACUCUGGCCAGCGAGGAGGGCGCGCGCGCCGUGCUGCACUACUACAUGCAGCGCCUCGCGCACGCACACGCGCCCACGCGGGCCGCCGCCAGCAGGGUGGGUCACAGAGUCACUGCGUGCUGCACUACUGCAUGCAGCGCCGCACGCUGGCCAGCGAGGAGGGCGCGCGCGCCGUGCUGCACUACUACAUGCAGCGCCUCGCGCACGCACACGCGCCCACGCGGGCCGCCGCCAGCAGGGUGGGUCACAGAGUCACUGCGUGCUGCACUACUGCAUGCAGCGCCGCACGCUGGCCAGCGAGGAGGGCGCGCGCGCCGUGCUGCACUACUACAUGCAGCGCCUCGCGCACGCACACGCGCCCACGCGGGCCGCCGCCAGCAGGGUGGGUCACAGAGUCACUGCGUGCUGCACUACUGCAUGCAGCGCCGCACGCUGGCCAGCGAGGAGGGCGCGCGCGCCGUGCUGCACUACUACAUGCAGCGCCUCGCGCACGCACACGCGCCCACGCGGGCCGCCGCCAGCAGGGUGGGUCACAGAGUCACUGCGUGCUGCACUACUGCAUGCAGCGCCGCACGCUGGCCAGCGAGGAGGGCGCGCGCGCCGUGCUGCACUACUACAUGCAGCGCCUCGCGCACGCACACGCGCCCACGCGGGCCGCCGCCAGCAGGGUGGGUCACAGAGUCACUGCGUGCUGCACUACUGCAUGCAGCGCCGCACGCUGGCCAGCGAGGAGGGCGCGCGCGCCGUGCUGCACUACUACAUGCAGCGCCUCGCGCACGCACACGCGCCCACGCGGGCCGCCGCCAGCAGGGUGGGUCACAGAGUCACUGCGUGCUGCACUACUGCAUGCAGCGCCGCACGCUGGCCAGCGAGGAGGGCGCGCGCGCCGUGCUGCACUACUACAUGCAGCGCCUCGCGCACGCACACGCGCCCACGCGGGCCGCCGCCAGCAGGGUGGGUCACAGAGUCACUGCGUGCUGCACUACUGCAUGCAGCGCCGCACGCUGGCCAGCGAGGAGGGCGCGCGCGCCGUGCUGCACUACUACAUGCAGCGCCUCGCGCACGCACACGCGCCCACGCGGGCCGCCGCCAGCAGGGUGGGUCACAGAGUCACUGCGUGCUGCACUACUGCAUGCAGCGCCGCACGCUGGCCAGCGAGGAGGGCGCGCGCGCCGUGCUGCACUACUACAUGCAGCGCCUCGCGCACGCACACGCGCCCACGCGGGCCGCCGCCAGCAGGGUGGGUCACAGAGUCACUGCGUGCUGCACUACUGCAUGCAGCGCCGCACGCUGGCCAGCGAGGAGGGCGCGCGCGCCGUGCUGCACUACUACAUGCAGCGCCUCGCGCACGCACACGCGCCCACGCGGGCCGCCGCCAGCAGGGGUCUUAA